AUGGCACAGUUCUCAUUUACGGUCUACAUUUCCAGCAAACCCAACACUGCCCUCCCCCCAACCUCUCUCACCAACUGCCUCCAGGACAUCAGGAACUGGAUGAGCAGGAACUUCCUAAAGCUCAACGGCAGCAAAACCGAAGCCCUGCUGGUUGGCACCAAAACCACCCUCUCCAAAACCUCAUCCUCCCCUGCCUCCAACCUCAUCAUUGAUGGCUACUCCAUCCCCUUCUCUGGCCAAGUUAAGAGCCUUGACGUCUUAUUGGAAGACUUUAAGCGGCUGUAUGAGGGACCCGACCCAUCCCCCAAGCUCAUCAAUAAUGUUCAGUCCAAGUUGCACAGGAUCCGGCAAUUCAUUGGAUGGAUGAGCCAUGGCAAGAAAAACCUGGGGCACCUGACAUUCAUGGCCGAUCUGCCCAAUAUUCGGGGAUGGGUGAAGUCUCUGAGGAACAAUAAAAUGACUCUGUCAACGACAUUGCACUAUCUCAAAAACGUUCGACAGUUUAUAGUUUUUAUGGAAGAGACCCCACCUAGUACCUCGCGCCUCGGCAAGACGCAACUGAAGUUGAUCAAGAGGGAGAUCACUGUCUCAAUCAUGGCCUGGAAGCGCCCUGUGGUCCUGCACCAAAUGAGGGUGAAAGGACAAAAGGAUGCCAUCAUGCACACCAUUAAAGAGCUCCACGAGUGCCGCCGAUUGGCACUGGUGGCCAUCCCGAAACUCUUCUCUCGACUGGAAAAGCAGCACACAUCUAUGGCGCAGGGUAACCUUUUCGGGUACGUCACUGCCUACCUAGCCUCACUCUAUGGUCACCGCCUUGGAGUGUUCCUGAACAUGACCGACGUGCAGGUCAGCCAGGCAGUGCACGGACCCGAGAAGGAUGACUACCUGAUCAAAGUGGAGGAGCAUAAGACCAACGAGAGCUUUGGCACAGCCAAGUUGCUGCUCACCGACAAGGAAUACGGCUGGCUCAUCGACCUCAUCCAGCUCAAAACCAAGUUGGCAAAAGGGAAACCAAUGUCCAAGUACGUCUUUUUUAACACGACCUUCAGCCAGGACAGGAACCUAACCAAAUACCUUCAGCGCGCCUGGUUGGAGAUGCAGUUACGGGGGAUACCGACAUUCACCAGUUUGAGGAGCGCCAUUGCAACCUUUGCCAGAGACAGACACGGUGAAGACUCACAGGAGCGUAAAAGCAUGGCACGCUUAAUGUGCCAUGACACAGCUACGUCCGACAAGUUCUAUACGAUGGACCUGACAAUAGCGCAGGCGAGGAAAGGUCGUCUGCUUUUUGAAGAGGCCCAGAAGGAGGAAGUUGAGAGUGGGAAGAAGAAGCAUGAGAGCCCCCCACCUCAGUCUGAGGAGAGCGAGAAGGACGGAGAGGAUAGUGUGACCGGGACCAAGAAGAAGAGGAAGAAGAAGCACCAUGAGAGCCCCCCACCUCAGUCUGAGGAGAGCGAGAAGGACGGAGAGGAGAGUGUGACCGGGACCAAGAAGAAGAGGAAGAAGAAGCACCAUGAGAGACCCCCACCUCAGUCUGAGGAGAGCGAGAAGGACGGAGAGGAGACGGACGGAGAGGAGACAGCGGAAGAUGAGGAGAGCCAGGAGGCGACACCGGAGGGAGAGGCGACACCGGAGGGAGAGGCGACAACGGAGAUCGCAACGACCACCAGCGACAAGAAGAGCACCCCAAAAAAGAUGCAGGGUCCUGUUGUCGCCCCUUAA